AUUUUUAUUUGCAAACUAGUUUGGCUAACACCAAGUCGUCCUGUGAUUUCUUGUUGUGAGAUACGUUAUCGUACGUAAAGUUUCGCCUGAGAUAAGAUCUUUGAAUUUUGACCUUUGAAACAAUGUUUCGAUUCAGUAAUGAAUUGAAUAAUCUAGUUUUAGUGUAAAUUCUAAACGAGACUACUCAGUCGUGUGUUUUUUCGCUUCGAUAUUUUUUGCUAAUUGCUGAAAGCUUGAAAGCUUCAUAUUUUUUUGAAUUCCACGUUAUAUAUCGAAACGUGUCUGCUUUGACAUUUUCUGAUUAGGAUAACGAAGUUUUAUUUAAUGUACAACUGGUUGUUUAUUUGUUUUUACUUAAGCUUAACUUUAAGCUAUCACAUUCACAGCUCUAAAAAUGAGUUUCGAUUCGACCUCGCAAAACGAAAAAAAAUGUAUUUUAGAAGCACGUAAUGGUUCGAUUCGCAUCUACGGGACGGAAAAAUUGGUGAAAAAAAAUGGUUCGAAGUUUGCGUGUUUCAAUUACAUCAACUGUAUUGUGGGCAGUGGAGUCAUCGGUAUACCAUUCGCUUUACAAGAGGCAGGAUUUGGAGCUGGUUUGAUGCUAUUGGUGGUUGUAGCAUUUAUAACGGAUUAUUCGCUGAAAUUGAUGAUAGAAUGUGCUCAUUUAUCCAACAAAUUUACCUACCAAGGUAUGAUGGAGUCAGCUUAUGGCAGAGGAGGAUUCAUCUUGUUGUCGAUUCUGCAGUUUGUUUAUCCGUUUACUGCGAUGAUAAGUUAUAAUAUAAUUGUUGGCGAUACGUUAACCAAAGUAAUGGUCAGAUUAUUUUCAUUGGCAUCGAAUUCAGUAUUCGUGCGGCGUGAUUUUGUCAUCGGAAUCGCAACGCUUUUCACAACAGUUCCUUUAUGCUUGAAGAAAGAUUUAGUCGGAUUGGCCAGAGCAUCGAUUAUAUCGUUCGGCCUAAUCCUAUUCAUUAUGGUUGCUUUAUUUAUAAGAGUUGGAACCUUAUCUACCAUUGUGCCAAAAAGUGAAGACGCUUAUAAAUUUUUUAGUUUAAAUAUUUUUUCAGCAUUUGGAAUCAUGGCAUUUGCUUUCAUGUGCCACCACAAUGUGUUCUUAUUAUACGAGUCAAUUGAAAACGUUAGUCAAAAAAAAUGGAACCAAGUUACCUGCGUUUCAGUUACCAUUUCGUUAAUAAUACUCUGCGUUUUUGGAAUCUCUGGUUAUGUUACCUUCACGGGAUACACAGAAGGUGACGUUUUCCAAAACUAUUGCUGGAACGAUGAUCUAAUCAAUUUGGCCAGAUUUGCUUUCGCCUUCACCGUAUUAUUCGCUUAUCCUAUCGAAUGCAUGACAGCGAGAUCAGUAAUAACGCAAUUAAUUGGUCCAAUUCAUUACGAAUUAUCACUCUUCAAACACAUAGUCAUCACUUUAACUUUAGUCUUGAGUACAUAUCUGAUUUCCAUUACGACCAGUUGUCUCGGAAUUGUACUCGAAUUAAACGGUAUUUUUUCGGCGAUACCAUUAGCAUUUGUAUUACCAGCAGUAAUCUACAUUAGAUUGGAAGAUGGCCCGUUGCUAAGCAAACGAAAAAUGCCUGCUAUUUUGUUGGCUAUAUUUGGAUGUUUCACCGCAAUCGUCGGUAGUUUAUUAUUGCUGAGAAAUUGGACGCAAUAUUUGAGCUGUAAUAAGAAUAGGGAUAUGUUUUACUGUAGCCGCUGACCAGUCAAAUUCAUACGGUUAAUACUUUCGUUGCGUACCUAGGUACCUUGAUAUUAAAGGUAUCAACUACAUAUUAUAGUAAGCCAAUCUCAAUUAUUUUAAUUUUGUAGAUGUACUCGUCAAAAAGUCAGAAAUCUUAGGUAUUAUAAAUAUGUAUUUAGUUAUCAAUCAAAACGCAUCUAGAUGAACCACGAUGAAUUUAAUGUAUUUUUGUAGCUUUCGAAGAAUUGUGUACCUUGCGGCUAAUACAUAUUUUGAUUUUGAUGGUAUUUCCGUGAAUACCUAUUGGAAUGAAAAGCUUUGAUUUACUUCCAUCUUUUCCUGUGAGGGCAUCAUAAUUUUGAUUCAAUCUUAAAUGUUAAUGGGGGUUUAAUUUUGAAGAAUAAACGUCACCACCUUUUUUUUCACUUUAAUGCAUUUAUUCCACACUUUAUGAUAUUGAUGACGUUUUUAGAAAAUUCUAAUAUAAUAACAGGCGUGAAUUUGAAAACCUAAAUUUUUAAAUUUUUUUCUAAAAAAAUUUAGAUGUAAUAUUAUACAGACUGGUCGAUAGUCAGAAUUUCAACACGCGUAGGUAGUACCUUAUCAAGUGGUCAUCUGCAGACGUGAUUGUUUUUAUCAUUUUAUUUUUAUUCAAGAAAAUGACACUUGUUAUUUUUAUACACUUUUUUGUAAAUAAAAUUUAUUUAUUUAUUGCUGUUA